AUGGCUUCCGUGGACUCGAAGAACGCGAAGAAGAGGAAGGCUAAGGUCGAUGUCGUCGCCUCUACCGAGACUGCCAGUCAGGCCUCUGAUCCCACUCCUGCUGCAAGUUCCAAUGGAAUAGACUCCGUGGAAAGCCCCUACAUUAGAGAGUUGUCCAAACAAAUUCGCAACUUGAACAAGAAGCUCUCAGCCUCAGCCAAAGCCGACAGUGUCCUGGCGGAGAACCCUGGCAAGACAAUCGACGAACUGGUCGCGAGCCGCAAGCUUAAUGCCGAUCAAAAGAACCAGCUUGAGAAGAAGCCAGCCCUGAGGGCUCAGCUGGUACAGCUCGAAGAACAAGUCACGCAGUACCGCAGCUUCUCUCAAGAGCUUGAGGAACGCUUCAACCGCGAGAAGUCCUCCCUCAUCGAAUCUCACGAGGCCGAGAUCGCCCAAUUGAAAGAGGAGGCUGCCAACAAUGCGAAAGCUGCCGAGUCCAGCAAUCUCGAAGAGUCUUUGAAGAUCAUCACCCACUUCCUCCACGCGGCUGCCUCUAAGCGCCAGAGCGAAGAUCCUGAUUCCGACGAAGCACGCGCCUUCGAAGGUGCUCUGCUACUAGUCUACCAGGGUAACGAGUCCUCUCUGUCUACCCUCCGCAACCUCAUUCAGGGUUCCGAGGACAAGAUCACCGAUACGCAGGGUGAACUUGUCGACUAUACCUAUGCCCAGAUCAAGCACGCCGCUUUGUCCGAGGUCGAAGCCGUCGAAGGGGAAUCAGCUGAUGGCCCUUCAAGUCAUGAAGCUUCCGCUGACACCGACCCAACUAUCGCAAACGCGGGUCUGACAGAGCUGCAAGACACCACAACUAUUCCAAUUCGCACCAACGGCGCCGGCGAGACCGAGCCCGCCUCUGCCGGGCCCGAGCAAGCUUCCACGGCCGAUUCGGCCGCCAAUGCCAUUGCCGAAUCGAAGUGGGAUCCCGAAGCUUCUGUCCACACCGAGGUCAGUGCAGCUGGUGAGGAUUGGGUGAAUGUUCCUCGUGAUCCCGCCGAGACUGAUACCGGCUUGCAAGCUACCCCGGCUGCUCCAGCGGCGCAGGUUGAGAACAGUAACAGUUGGGCUGAUGAGAUGGACCACAACCCUCCACCAGUUCCGGAGAACGAUGGCUUUGAGCAAGUCAAAGGCCGGCACUCUGAGCACCGCGGACGUGGUCGUGGGAGAGGAGGACAACAGCGUGGUGACUUCCGCGGACGCGGUCGUGGCGGACAGCGUGGUGACUUCCGAGGCCGGGGCAGACCUGGCGAAGGGCGCGGCCGAGGAGGUCACCGUGGCGAACGCAGUUGA